UGUGAAUUAAAGUCUAACUGCACUAACAAUACAUUGUACUAUUAUUCUUGUUCAAUUGAUUUUUAUUCGAUGCUGUUUUUGAGACUUGUGAGACUUGGAAAAUUCUAAGAAGUUGGUGAUGUAUUGAAAUGAAUUGAAACGACGAUAAGUCAUUGAUAAACGGUAGAUAUGAUACUGAAAAUGACUUUGUCCUUGUGUGCAAGAAACGCGAUAAAGCGUAUUAAUCAUCCAUUUUUGUUAUUAAUUAAUUAAAACUAGCUUAAAGGAAGAUAUUAUUCGUUCAAUAAUGGAAUAAUAGGAGAUCCUAGUAUCGCUUUUGACAUUUACAUCUACGUGUACUGAUCUUACGGACGAUUAUCGACUUCCUGUAUUUGCAAGAUUGAAAUCGAAAAUCAUCACCAUGAAAACAGGAAAGGCUACUUUACAAAUCGAUAUUUCGGCCUUCCUCGGUCAACUAAAAUUUAACUUUCUCUCGUUAAUAAUAAUUCACAGCAGUCAUCAGUGUCAUGUAGUUUUUUUUCAUGAAAAUUCCUUCGAAAUAGGUCACAUUAAGCACGAUAAAUCAUAAAUCCUUCCUAUCUAAGUAAACAUUAGUCACAUUCCGUUGGCAAUUAACUCCCAUGAAAUAUUACUUGCCUUGCUAAUUAAAGCCUAAUUUCAGUAGCCAUUUUGAAUAAAUUAUUAUUAAUUUUAGAUGUUUAGCUCAGAAAUAAACUGUAAGAUUGAUCAACAAAUUGCCAGAAACCUUGUGAACAUGAAAUAUUUGUCAUUAAGGAGUUUAUAAGGGUUGAAUUUGCAACAUACUGUUGACUUUGUGUUGAAAACGGAACGAUUAAGAACAUUGUAUGAUUGUUACAGGAUGGGAGGGUAUGUAAGUGUUGGGGUCGACAAUAAUGAUUUGAUUGAUAAACUUCGCGAUGUGGGUUACAUCAAAUCACCCGAAAUCAUGUUUGCGUUACGUGCAGUAGACAGAGGGCUUUAUUUCCCAGAAUGUAGAGAAAGUCUGGCAUAUAGAGAUUUGGCUUACAAGAAUGGUGAUGUUCAUUUGUCGGCUCCUUGUAUUUAUUGUGAAGCCCUGGAAGGUCUGCAGUUGAAAGAUGGUCUGUCAUUUCUGAACAUUGGUAGUGGUACAGGAUAUUUAUCCACCAUAGCCGGUCUACUGCUUAAUGGUACUGGAACCAAUCACGGUAUAGAGAUAUGCAAAAAUCUUAUAACUUUUGCAGAAGAUAAAACGAAUUUAUUUCUGAAGCAAUGCAUGCCACAUAUUUAUGGAUUGGAGUUUUGUAACCCUGUGUACAUUCAUGGAAAUGGUUUAUGUUUGAACCCUGACUAUCGCCAAUAUGACAGAGUGUAUUGUGGGGCAGAAGUGAGCGCACAGUACAAAGAUUACAUGAAGUCUUUGCUCAAAGUAGGCGGGAUAUUGGUGAUGCCUUUUGAUGACCAGUUGAUGAAAUUCACAAGGACAUCUGAUGUGGAUUAUGAAAGCAAGUCAUUGCUUCCUGUUUCAUUUUCACCAAUGAUUCUUCCAGACAACAGAGAGAUGUUGUUGACACCAAUUAAUAUUUCAUCCAAUCCAAGAAGUUUGCAAGCGCAAUGUAGAAGUGUUGUUCGCCAUUGUCUCGGUGUAAAAAAUUUAAGAAAUUUGUUCUGUCUAAAAUUACCACUACCAGAACCUGUACUUGAAUAUUUACUGUAUCAAUAAAACUGGAAAGUCUUACAAAUUUAAUAUACUUGUAAAUAGCAAAUUAAAAAAAUCUUUCUACAAAA